AUGUUGUUGUUGAGUCGAAAAUGGGUAAUAUUUUAUAUUUUUAUGAUCUCCACUAUAACAUUUGCCAGUAGCUCUGAUGAAUUUGAAGAACUUGUCGAAACUGAAGAUGAGCCAAUUCCUCAAGAAUCAGUUGAAGAAGAGGAGAAGGAGAAGUAUCAACCGGCGCAAUUUGUGGCACCGCAUUUUGGCGAACAAUCUAGCAGUCAACCCCUGUUUUUCGACUAUUUUCCAGCGAAUCGAAAGAUUGGCGAGAAAUGGGUUAAGAGUUCGGCUGAGAAGUAUGCGGCAGGAGUUUUGGCGAUUGAAGCACCGAAAACUGUGACACUUGAGGGGGAUUUGGGAUUAGUUGUCAAGACUAAAGUGAGUAGAAAAGGACUAAAUGAAAUUUUCAUGUUUUUUAAGCAAAUGAGUUGAAAUAUUGGUUUCUAAUGUUAUUCAUAUGAUAGAAUGGUCUAAGACGAACAGAAUGAUAUAAAUUUUGACGACUUUGGGUAACUCAUAAGUGAUUUAGGGAGUCUUGAACGAAAAAUUCGACUAAACCUCGCUAAAUCACUUAUGCGUUACCCAAAGUCGUCAAAAUUUAUAUCAUUCUGUUCGUUUUAGACCAUUCUAUCAUAUGAAUAACAUUAGAACCCAAUAUUUCAAAUAAUUUGCUUGAAAAACAUGAAAAUGUCAUUUAGCCAACUAUAUUGCGGAGGGAUUUUGACAAGAAAUUGCAGAACUCAAUUGCUGAUAUAAGCUAUGACGUGGCAAAUUUUGGGUUUUACAAGGCUAUAACUAACUUCAAAGAUGAUUUAUGAAGAUCUGAGGUCAUAGGGUUGUUCAGCGAAGCCUAUUACCUAGGAGGCUUGCGAUCGAGUAAAAUUAUGUUUGCGACCUUCCUGAAUUACUCAAGAGGCUUGAAAUAAGUGAAAUUAUGUUCGAGACCUUCCAGAACACAUAAUUUCACUUGAUUUGAAGCCUCUUCAGUAAUUCAGGAAGGUCACAACAUAAUUUUACUCGAUCGCAAGCCUCCUAGGUAAUAGGCUUCGCUGAACAUCGCUAUGACAUCAGAUCUUCAUGAAAAUCACCUUUGAAGUUAAUUAUAGCCUUGUAAAAUCCAAAAUUUGCCACGUCAUAGCUUAUAUCAGAAGUUGAGUUCUGGAAAUUCUAUUUGGCCUAUAAUUCCAAUGAAAAAUCUUGGAUUUUUCACGGAUAUUUCAGGCCUAUAUAAGGUAGAUCAACUACUUCACUCGCGCAAUUUUGAGUGUCAAAUUGUCUCGAAUUUUAUGUUGAUACAUUCGAUUUUCCAGGCUCGCCAUCACGCAAUCGCUGCCAAACUCGACAAACCCUUCAAUUUCGACGCGACAAGCGCGGAUAAAUUGGUGGUUCAAUACGAUGUGAAAUAUGAGGAGGGACAAGAAUGCGGUGGUGGAUAUUUGAAAUUGUUGAGCGAGGGAGCUGAGAAGAAUUUGGCCGAUUUCCAAGAUCAAACUCCGUAUACAAUUAUGUUUGGACCGGAUAAAUGUGGAUCGAAUGGAAAAGUUCAUUUGAUUUUCAGAUAUAGGAAUCCGAAAAAUGGAUCGAUUGAUGUGAGUGGAAAAUUGAUCAUACUGAUGUCAAAAAUUGCCAGAAAUCGAGCAAUUUCUGGAGCUUGCAGCAAUUUUCAUUAUGUUCUCAAAAAUCAAUUUUUAUCACUUGGAUAAUGAAAUGGUUUAGAAAAAGAAGUAAAGCACAUUCUAAAACUCUAUAAAAAUUUAAUUUUUGGAUUUAGAAUGUGCUUUACUUCAUUUUCUGAACCAUUUCAUUAUCCAAGUGAUAAAAAUUGAUUUUUGGGAAUAUAAUGAAAAUUGCUCCAAGCUCCAGAAAGUUCUCGAUUUCUGGUGAUUUUUGACAUCAGUAUGAUCGAUUUUGUAGAUUUUACUAUCUCAAAUCUAAUUCCAGGAAUACCACGCGACUCAAUCCCCAAAAACCGGCACAACCUAUUGGGAUGAUCACAAAACCCACCUCUACACUUUCGUCUUCAAACCAAAUGGUGAAUAUAAUGUGAAUGUUGACAGCUCAACCUUGUUCUAUGGAAAUAUUUUGAAUGACGUCAUUCCACAUUUGACACCACCAAAAGAGAUUUUCGAUCCGAGUGAUGUGAAGCCAAGUGAUUGGGAUGAUAGGUAUGGGUUUUUGGUCGAGCGGUGGAGCCGCGAGUGUAGACCGCAAGCUUCCGCGUCAGCGGCACUAUCUUCCGCUUUAGCGGAUUACUAUGAAAUGCAUAUUUGUAAGUUUAAUCCACGUGGCCGCUAAAGCGGAAGACAGUGCCGCUGACGCGGAAGCUUGCGGUUUACACUCGCGGCUUCGCUGCUCGAGCGGAGCAAGUGUAAACCGCAAACUUCCGCGUUGCGGCACUGUCUUCCGCUUUAGCGGCCACGUGGAUUACUAUGACGUGGAAACCAUAGGAGUUCUAAAAUUCUACGUCAUAGUAAUCGACGUGGCCGCUAAAGCGGAAGAUAGUUCCGCUUCAGCGGCCACGUGGAUUACUAUGACGUGGACCUGUAGAUUCCAAUGGUUUCCACGUCAUAGUAAUCCGCGUGGCCGCUGAAGCGGAAGCUUGCGGUUUACAUUCUAAGCUUCCGGGAUCUGAAUUCGCAGAUUUACAACAAAAUCUCCUGUUUUCAGAGCUGAAAUUGAAGACGAAACCGCUUCGAAGCCAGAAGAUUGGGACGAAAAUGAGCCGAAAGAAGUUGUUGAUGAAAAUGCGAGCAAACCAUCGGAUUGGAAUGAGGAGGAAAAUGAAUUGAUUGCGGACUCCGAAGCAAUUAAGCCAGCUGAUUGGGAUGAAGAAAUGGAUGGAGAAUGGGAACCGCCCAUGAUUGAUAAUCCAUUGUGUAAAGGUAUUAGUGGAUGUGGAUUGUGGAAACCACCGACUAUUAAGAAUCCGAAGUAUAAGGUUGGUUUUUUGAAAAUUGCAGAACUCAAUUGCUAAUAUGAGUUAUGACGUGGCAAAUUUUGGAAAAACAGUGAAUUUUUCCCCGAAAAUUUUGUGUUUCUUUAAAAAAAUUCCAAAUUCUCACUAUUUUCCAACCUAACAUUCAAUUUUCAAGCAUUUUUUCAGCCCAGAUUCCAGAAACAGUGAAAUUUUCAUGGUUUUUCACUAUUUUUCAAGCUGAUUAAAAAUUUUGAGCAUUUUUCAGCUCAAAAUUCAGCAGUUUAGUUAAUUUCUGUGAAAAAUUCCAAAUUCUCACUAUUUUCCAACCUAAAAUUCAAUUUUCAAGCAUUUUUUCAGCCCAGAUUCUAGAAAAAUGAAUUUUUCAUGGUUUCCAAGCUAAAAUUAAUUUUUUUCACCUAAAUAUCAAAUUAGAGCUACUAAAAAUGCACCAAAUUUUUGAAACAGUGAAUUUUUCACAUAAAAUCUUUGCCACGUCAUAACUCAUGUUAGAAGUUGAGUUCUGGAAAUUUUAUUUGGCCUGAAAUUCCAAUGAGAAAUCUUGGAUUUUUCACUGAUAUUUCAGGCCUAUAUAAGAUAGAUCAACUACUUCACUCGCGCAAUUUUGAGUGUCAAAUUGUCUCGAAUUUUAUGUUGAUACAAUCAAUUAUCGAUUUUUGAAACUAUAUGUUAUUCAGAAUCAAUUUUGCUCCUAUAUAGUUCAAAAAUUUGAAAUUUUGACUCUGAAAACUAGAUUUUUCUUCAUUUAGACGAUUUCAGAGCGAAAUCUCUCACUGAUUUAGCCUAAAUCAUAGCCUAAUUAAUUUUCUAGGGAAAAUGGAUCCGCCCAAAAAUCGCCAACCCCGCUUUCAAAGGUGUCUGGAGUGCUCGACUCAUCGAAAAUCCCCAUUAUUUUGAGCCAACUCCAUUUGACGGCCUUACUCCAAUCACAGCUGUUGGUAUUGAAAUGUGGACAAUGAGCGAGAAUAUUGUUUUUGGUGGGUUUGGGGCAUUUUUGGGUUGAAAAAUAGUGAAAAUUUGGAAUUUUCAAAGGAACACAAGAUUUUCUAUGAAAAAUUCACUGUUUCAAAAAUUGGUAAAUUUUUAGUAGCUCUAAUUUGAUAUUUAGGUGAAAAUGAGUUUAAAAAUUUGAAUUUAAGGUUGAAAAAUAGUGAAAACUUGGAAUUUUUCAAAGAAACACAAGAUUUUCUAUGUAAAAUUUAGUUUUUCAAAAAUCUAGUGUUUUUUGAGCUGGAAAUAUUUGUUUAAAUUUAAUUUCAGGUUGAAAAAUAGUGAAAAUCAUGAAUUUUUGAAUAUUAUAAAAUUCACUGUUUCAAAAAGUGUUGAAAAUUUUGUAAAAAUACAAUUCCAGUGAUUUUGUGUUGAAUAACUCUAUUUUUCCAGACAAUAUUUUAAUCACUACAUCAGUCGAAGACGCUGCUGAAAUUGCCCAACAAACAUAUUCCAUCAAAAAAUCGGAAGAAGCCAAAUUAGCCGCCGCAAAUGGAGAAGGUUCCGGAAUCUUGGGAAGUAUUUUCGAAGCGGCCGAAGAGAAACCAUGGCUUUGGGCUGUUUAUAUUCUCUGCCUUAUUCUUCCCGUCAUUUUCUUUGCCGUUUUCAUUUUUGGAAGAAAAUCGAAGCCGGCGCCGGUGAAUUAUGGAAGUAAUAAGAGAAAUGAGGAUGAUGUUACGAAUUUGGGAGAUGAGGAUGAGGAGGAGGAUGAGAGUCAGGUGAGGGUUUUGGGGGAUUUUUUGAGGCUAAAUAAGGCUAGCUUCAAAAAUUUGGAUUUUUUUGAGCCCAAAUGAGCCCCGAUUCAAGUUUUGAGGUUUUAAAGCCUGAAGCCUAAAAUUAGACCUGCAUAAGCCUAGAUCUUGUCAAAAAUUUCUUCAUAAAUUACAUUUUUGAAAAAAUUUGACCUGGAAUUUGUACGUUUCAAGAUUGUUACGAGUAUUUUUUGAGAAUUUUUCUAUUGUUACGAAUUAGAGACAAUGUAAAAAGCAGAGAGCGCAGACAUAAAUGUUUGUAUUUUGUCGAGAAUUUCUCAGUUUUACAUUGUCUUUACUCGAAUUUUUUUGCAUAGGAAAAAUGAUGUUUUUUUACUACAAAAUAUUGAUCUUAAUGAGUGAAAUUUUUCUAGUGGUUACUGUAGUUUUGUUGUGAAAAAGUUUCAAACUGCAUUUUUUCAAGCUACAAAACUAUUCGAAUCAUCCUGAAAUUACAAUUUAGAGCCCGAGUUACUGUAGCUCUCAAAAAUCCGUGUAUUUUAACACCAAACAAGUCUAGGGAUCUAGGGUUACUGUAGAUUUUGUCGCGAAAUUUUGGGAUUUUCGAGAUUCCACGUCAUAGUAAUCGACGUGGCCGCUUGGAAAAUACAUUUUCCUCCCAAAACUCUUCUAAUUUUCAGCCCGGACCAUCUGGAACUCAAAACAUCGCAGCUUCUCCAGAAGAAGAUCAAGAAGACGAAGAUUUGGAAGAGAUCCCCGGAGAUGUUCCACAACAAAAAACCGCCGAAAAUUCGUCAGCCGAAGAAGAUGUUGAAGUUAUUGCAACUGAGGAAAUUGUUGGAAAAAAGAGCCCAAAACAAACUGGAGCCAAAAGACGUGUUGCAAGAAAAGAUUAG